UGUAAACAAACCAGAACAGGUGUAGCUCCGACGCCACACUACUGCCUCCCCCUUCAUCGCUGGAUAUAAAAAAAAAAAAAAAACUCCCUCGUUUACGGUAUUAGCGCUUACAUUUUAAAAACUAUAAAUCUCUCGAAGCUCAGCGACAUUUACCGAAUGGCCCGGUGCAGGAUCUCCGCAUUUCGACCGCCGGACUGCGACAACACAGUCGUCACUCUCGUUGCUCCUCUCAGAAACAUGAUACAGCUCUUACUUGAACAUUGUUGAACUUGAAUUGUACUUUGAAUAUCAUCUUAAACAUCGCAUAACUAAAACAGGUGAAGGUACUGUCAUAAUGACAUGCAAAUUCAUGUAUAUUGCACAAUAUAUUGUUUCAGUGUUGACAUUGCCAUGCAAAGAUGUGCAAUUCUCUCAAUGCAGGACUUAACAUGUGAAGUGGGACAAAUUUACUUGAACACGUUAUUCUACAACUAGUGUUAUUUAUUUUACUUCAUGCGCACGUUUUAUAUUUACUUGUAUUGAUAUUUUCUGUUUACCAUUGUGCUGCUGCUGUUUUGAUUGAGAAUUUUAGUAAAAAAAUAUAUAUCUAAAAAAGUAAAACUCAAACUUCUCGUUUUGUUAGCAAACAUCGUAUUUCCUAUUCAGUGUUUAUCUCCACAGAAUUGUUUGAAUGUAAUUAGUAAAAAAAAAGUACUUUUCAUUAUCAAAACCAACGCUAGUUCUUUAUGUACCUAAGAGAGGCAAAGAGUCAAGACUUCAAAAUUGUCACUGACAUACUUUAUUAAACAGGUUUAAGUCAUCUACAAACGUAUAAAAAAAAACUUUGCUUGUACAAACACUACGAAAAGAAAACUAAUUGUACUAAACUACUGUUGGGCACUGGCUUGUCAGGGCACAGCAGACAGUGACAACCUUAUCCAACAUUGUGUCUUCUUCACCUUCACAUGGAAGAAUCAUGUUCAUGGGUAUGGUUCCUGUUAAGAUCUUACACUUCUGACAAACAUUUCCGAGACCCUUUCAACAUGGAUUCUCAAAUGUGCUGUUUUCCUAGUUUCCGCCACAUCUGUAGCUGCUAACUGACAGCGGCCUUUUGUAAAUGCUGGGAGUUUGACAUCUGAACACUACAUGCCCACACAUUCUUGUAUGUCAAAACCUCCGUCAGCCAAGACAAUGUCCCCAGGUAACAAAUUAUAAAGAAAAUCACUGUUCAGGGUUAUAUGUCACUUGUACGACCUCCCAAGCCUUUUGAUAAGAAACAAAUGGCUCCCUUGGGUGUAAUACAUUUAAAAUACUUCAUAGUGUGGUGGUGCUUGUAGCUGGAAAACAUUUGGGCACGUGCUUUCAGAUUUGAUGGGUUUUCUAUGAACAUUUCAAAACAGUCAAUAAUCAAAGUAUGUGUCACAUCCUGAUUGGUGUUGUGUGUCUCAUCCUCUGUGAUUAGCUGAUCACCUUCUUCUCCAGCUUCAUGUGUCCCCUCUCUUCAGUCUGUAGCUGACCACUUUCUUCUCCAUCAUCAGGUGUCCCCUCCUCAUUCGGUUGGUGACAGUUUAUUUCACCAGGCUCAGAUGGUCCCUCCUUGGUCUGCAGCUCUUCAAUGUUUGCAUCCUGCUGGACCCUCAUCUCUGGUGCUUGCAGUGUCUCUUUCCGUAGCUGCUCAUGCCUACUUCGUCUUGCAGAGCGUGCGGUGUUUGUCGGUGUAACAGAUGUGUCUCACAGAGUCUGGGUAUUGAGAUCGCUAAAGAAAAUGGAGCCAAAUACAGACUGGGCCCAGAGCUGGAAAUAUGUGGAUAUGGAUGUGCAGACCACUUUCAUGAAUCGGAUACAUUGUUACACUCUCUUGAAGUUCUCAAGAAACUUCUAGUAUCUCCCAUCACUGAGGACAUCAUCUGCGACGUGGGGAUGCCCAUCAUGCAUCGCAAUGUGCGUUACAACUGCCGGGUGAUAUUUCUCAACAGGCAGAUUCUACUGAUUCGACCAAAGAAGUUGAUGGCGAACCACGGCAUGUACAGAGAGAUGCGCUGGUUUGCACCUUGGACAAAGUUUCGGACUGUAGAGGAGUACUUCCUGCCAAGAAUGAUCCAGCAGGUUACAGGGCAGGAUAUAGUCCCAUUUGGAGACUGUGUGCUCUCUACCAAGGAUACCUGUAUUGGUACAGAGAUGUGUGAAGAGUUAUGGUGUCCUUCUAGCCCUCAUAGUCAGAUGGGCCUUGAUGGGGUGGAAAUUUUUACAAAUUCCUCUGCAAGCCAUCAUGAGCUCUGCAAGGCUGACCAAAGACUCAACUUGAUCAAGUCAGCCACCACAAAGAGUGGAGGCAUCUACCUAUAUGCAAAUCAGAGGGGGUGUGACGGAGACAGACUGUAUUAUGAUGGCUGUGCCAUGGUGGCUAUCAAUGGGGACCUUGUGGCGCAUGGAGCACAGUUUUCCUUGAAUGAUGUGGAGGUGAUAACGGCCACUUUGGACUUGGAGGAUGUGCGUUGUUAUAGAGGAGAGACGUGUCAGCUGCAGAUGGGGAGUGAAUCCAAACCCUGCCAUAGGAUCAAAGUAGACUUUUCUCUGUCCAGUCAUGAUGAUAUCUGCCUGCCCACCUACCAACCGAUGACAUGGCACUUGCAUAGCCCAGAGGAAGAAAUCAGCCUCGGGCCUGCCUGCUGGCUGUGGGAUUACCUAAGGAGGAGUGGACAGGCUGGCUUUCUGUUGCCUUUGAGUGGAGGUGUUGAUAGCUCAGCUGUUGCAUGCAUUGUCUACUCUAUGUGCGUACUGGUCUGCCAGGCUAUAGAAAAUGGCAAUAAACAAGUACUGCAAGAUGUUCGCAGGUUAGUUGGUGAUGACAACUACUUUCCUCAGCAGCCAAGGGAGCUCUGUGGUUUGAUUUUUACUACAUGCUACAUGAGCAGUGAAAACUCUUCAGUGGAUACUUUCAACCGUGCCAAGGAGUUGGCAGGACAAAUUGGGAGCACACAUAUGAAUGUAAAUAUAGGCGUGGUGGUAAAAGGCAUUCUGGGUAUUUUCUCAAUGGUUACUGGGAGGUGGCCUCAAUUCAGUGCCAAUGGAGGAAGCCACAGGGAAAACUUAGCGCUACAGAAUGUACAGGCUAGGGUGAGGAUGGUCCUGGCUUACUUGUUCGCACAACUUAGUCUGUGGAGUCGAGGAAAACCAGGAGGCUUGCUGGUGCUGGGUUCUGCCAAUGUAGAUGAGAGUCUUACAGGUUAUUUUACAAAGUAUGACUGCUCCAGUGCUGAUAUCAAUCCAAUUGGAGGGAUUAGCAAAAAUGACCUCAAGGGCUUUCUACUAUACUGUGUUGGGCAAUUCCAGCUCACAGCUCUGACAAGCAUCCUGGCUGCUCCACCAACGGCUGAACUUGAGCCUCUGACUGAUGGACAGGUGUCGCAGACAGAUGAGGCUGACAUGGGAAUGACCUACUCUGAAUUGUCAGUCAUUGGACGACUAAGGAAAAUCUCAAAAUGUGGACCUUUCAGUAUGUUUUGUAAACUCGUUCACACGUGGAAGGAUGUGCUGUCACCCUCAGAGGUUGCAUAUAAGGUUAAGCACUUCUUCAGGAUGUACUCGGUGAACCGCCAUAAGAUGACAACAGUGACUCCAUCCUACCAUGCUGAGAGCUAUAGCCCUGACGACAAUCGCUUUGACCUCCGGCCGUUCCUCUACAACACACUCUGGAGCUGGCAAUUUCGGUCUAUUGACAGUCAGGUAUCACAUAUCACAGCAAAGCCAAACUGUCCAGUGUCCGAUUAACAUCUGUGCAAGACCAAACACUGCAAAUGUGUUGAUUUUUUUUUUUCUUUUUUUAAUGAAAACGCCACCAUAUGUAUACAUACCUGUUGUACGGUUUCGGCGUAAUUGGUACAAGUGGGCACUGAUUUUUAAAUGUGUACGCUGUACGUUCAAAAUCUGUAUGGUUUUCGUGCAUUUCGUUGUUUUUUUUCUGUGUUCGGAUUUUGUCACCGUUUCGACAAUGAGACAUUGUGUUUUACUAUGCAUUACUAUGUUGAUUGAAUGACGUGAGAAAAGUCAGAGACACAGAGAGAGAAGAGUGUUGUGACGCUGUUGCAAACGCGAUGCUAGGCUAGGUGGCUCCAAUAUUUUCCUGACUGUAGCCGACAGCCUACACCCAACAGUCUACGCCCACUUUUAUUCUGCCAAUUUGUUGCCAAACACAAUUUGCCUGCAACUAUUGCUGAUCACUUCUCAGAAUUAGCAAAAGAAAUGUUACCUGACUCAAAGAUUGCAUCGCAAGUUCAUUUUAUCAAUUGACCAUUUUAAUUUAUCAUUGGACACACUAACUACCUUGAAGUCAAACUGAAUUGCGAGCUUAAGUGCAGCCAUCAAAAGACAUGAUAGAAAUUGCCAAAAGUCCCUGUUAAUUUUUAGUAAUCAUGAUGUAGCUGAAGAUAUUGUUCUUUGAUUGCACCAGGUUAUAUGUAACAAUAUUACCAAUAAAUUCAUGUUAUUUUAAAAA